AUGCAAUUCUACCUGUCCUGGUGUUCCUGGCAUUUGACAUACAUCCUCCUGCCCAAGCUUUCGUUGGCUGUGGCCCAGCCACAGCUUUAUUGCAUCAACAUUGUCACCAUAAGCAGCAUCAUGAUGUGGCGCCAUCAGUGUGAGAAACUGCACAGCUCGAAGAUAAUGCUGAAGGCUUUGUGCAGCCGUCUGCGCUCUGACUCCAGCGUUGGACGGUUGCCCCGCUUGACUUGCCAACAGGCCUGCAGUCUGGUUUCGUUUGUUUGUGAUGUGUGCAGCUGCCUCAACAUCAGCGGCUCCUGCUGCCAAUGCUCCUGCCUGAGUUGGCAGUCUCGGAUUCGCGCACCACAUGAAGUGCUUGUCUUGAAACGGGCUUCCUGGGACUUGGGCGUGUUGGGCUAUCUUAGCCUUCUCGGGAAGCAUGCUUUGCAUAUCCAUAGUGACAGAGUUUGCCAUGCGAGUUUCUUGGCCGCGCAGCUUUCGAUAGCAGCGGUUGCAGCUUGA